CUUUAAACCUUCUCUCUACAUCAUACAUGUAUUUUGUCUUUCGAAGUUUGGUCGUUUGAGAAGUUGAGCUGUUGUGAAGAAAAGAUGGCGAAUUGCGGAGAAAUUGGAAAAAGAGUGGUGGUCAUUGGUGGAGGCAUGGCCGGCUCCCUUAUUGCUAAGACUCUUCAAUAUUCUGCUGAUGUUACGCUCAUUGACCCGAAAGAGUAUUUUGAGAUAACAUGGGCAAAUUUGAGGACAAUGGUGGAGCCAUCGUUUGGAGAGAGAACAGUCAUCAACCAUAGAGAUUACCUCGUCAAUGCACGUAUUAUCACAUCCACUGCAACCAAUAUCACUGAAAAUGAAGUUAUGACAGCAGAUGGUCAUGUUAUUCCCUACGAUUAUCUUGUCAUUGCCACUGGCCAUACAGAGCGUGUCCCCAAAACAAGGACUGAGAGACUUAAUCACUACCAAAAAGAGAAUCAAAAGAUUAAAUCUGCCAAGUCAAUUUUGAUUGUUGGAGGAGGUCCCUCUGGUGUGGAGCUUGCUGCAGAAAUAGCUGUUGAUUACCCGGAUAAGAAGGUUACUUUAGUGCAUAAGGGGUCACGGUUGCUGGAAUUUAUUGGACCUAAAGCUGCUGAUAAGACUAUAAAUUGGCUAAAAUCACAUAGAGUUGAAGUGAAAUUGGGACAAUCAGUUGAUCUGAACAAUGUUUCAGAUGAAGGCAUAUAUGUAACAUCAGCAGGAGAAACCAUCCAAGCAGAUUGCCAUUUCCUGUGCAUAGGGAUACCGCUAGGUUCAUCAUGGCUUAGGGAGACUAUAUUGAAGAAUAAAUCGGAUAAUCGUGGAAGGUUGAUGGUUGAUGAGAAUUUAAGAGUUAAGGGUCACAAGAAUAUAUUUGCAAUUGGAGAUAUUACGGAUAUUCCUGAAGCUAAACAAGGGUAUUUGGCGCAAAAGCAUGCUUUAGUGACUGCUAAGAACAUUAAGUUACUGUCAGAUGGACAAAAAGAAAGCAAACUGGCAACAUAUCAGCCUGGAUCCACAAUCGCGAUUGUUUCGCUGGGGAGGAAAGAAGCAGUGGCACAAUUUCCAUUUAUAACGAUUAGUGGCUGUGUUCCAGGUAUGAUCAAAUCCAAAGAUUUGUUUGUGACCAAAACAAGGCAGGCCCGGGGCUUAGAUGCUGGUACCGCAAGUUCAAAAAAUAAAAGCAGUUAGUUUGACAAAACAAUACCCUUUUAUUUUCUUUUUGAGAGUUGCCACACCAAUCCUUUGAUUAGAAUGUAUUCUUGAAGGCUUUUUUGUUUGUAAACUUUCUUUGUAUUUCUGUUGUGAAAGAUGCUGUACCAUUAAUAUGGUACUGUGUAUUGUUGAGUUUUUUCUUUGGUUGAAAAUGGCAAUGUUUUGAUUAUAUCGGAA